AUGGAAGCCAGGCUGCUGGUUGUCGUCUGCAGACUCGUCCUGGAGUUCCUGCUGCAGGCAGAGUCUACCAGGGUGGAGCUGGUUCCAGAGAAGAUCGCAGGGUUCUGGAAGGAAGUAGCUGUGGCUUCUGACCAAAACCUGGUGCUGAAGGCUCAAAGGAGGGUAGAAGGCUUGUUCCUUACCUUCAGUGGGAGGAAUGUCACUGUGAAAGCCGUGUACAACAGCUCAGGAAGUUGUAUGACAGAAAGAUCAGUGGGUUCAGAAAGAGACGCUGCAGGGGAAUUUGCUUUUCCUGGCAACAGGGAGAUCCACGUGAUGGACACGGACUAUGAGCGCUACACCAUCCUGAAGUUGUCCGUGCUCUGGCAGGGUACAAACUUCCAUGUGCUCAAGUACUUCACUCGGAGCCUUGAGAAUGAGGAUGAGCCAGGCUUCUGGAGAUUCCGGGAAAUGACAGCAGACCAAGGCCUUUACAUGCUGGCCCGACAUGGGAGGUGUGCUGAGCUCUUGAAAGAGGUAAGCCCACUACCCUUGGUCUACACUGCAGCUCGGCUCCCAUGAAGCCCCUGCUGGUACUACUGGAUCCUUACUCUGGAAAGGAAGGGUGGCCCAUCCCUUCCCUGAUCAAGACAACCAACAGCCCCGCCUGGCAGCUUCUGAUGCAUCCAUUUUGUAGUCUUUGUAAAGAGCAGUCUGCUAUGUGACCCCAAGCUGUCAUGCUGGGCUCUUGAGUAUGGGACAGAACUAGGUUGGGGAAGAGAGGUUCCUUGUUUGCAUUGUUCUGCACAGCAAGGCUCUUCAGGGUUUUGGCCACCUCUGUACCUUCAUGUCCUGACAGUGUGAUGGUGUGUUCAGCUCUUUUAGAUAUUUUGGGGUUUCCUGUGUCUGGCACCAUGCUAACCCGCAAUCUAUACAACCUUGCCGUCACAGCCCAUGCCUUAGAGGUUGACACUAUAACCCAUUUUGCAGAUAGAGACUCCAAGGCUCAGAGAACCAUGCUUUGCCAAGCCAGGCAGCUGGGGUACCAGGAGGCCAUGCAUGGCCCUGAGCUCUGGUGUUCUGUCUGCAGGGACUUGUCUGAGUUGCUUCUGCCCAGGCCUAUGGCUGCAGCCCCACCUAUCUGGCCUCUCUGCUCCUGCUGAAGAGCCUCUGCACCUGCUCCAAAUAAAUCCUGCUGCCAAA